AUGAGACAUGGGGAUGGUCGUAAAAUUCUGACGUUAAAGCUCAUUAUGCAGAGAAAACAAAAAAAAAGUAGGAAAAAACAUUUCUCAAAGUGUUUUCCGCUUUUAUGUUGUGUAAGAGAAUUGAGAGUUGGAGACGAAGUAAAGAACGCGAAUUUUCUGAUGAACACUUCAAUUAUUUCAUUUUUGAUGCUGAUUGCUUUUUCGGCUGGAGAAAAGGGAUUAAAGGCAGGGAGAUUGAAGGGAUCGGGAUUGUUUCGGGCUCGGAUUCCAUCACGAUUACAGUCAAAUAAUAUCACAUUUCGUUCAUAUAUUUUAAAUGGAACGCCAGCUGACAUCAGAGACUAUCCUUUUAAACUUUCAUUGAGAUUGUUUGGUGAAUUGGCUUGUAGCGCUUCCGUUAUUGCCCCUCGUUGGGCCCUUACCGCAGCUCAUUGUCUAGAAAUGAAUCUCCCGCCGGAACUGAUAACACUUUAUGGAGGAAGUAGCAAUAGGAUUACAGGAGGUGUAGAGUUUGCUGUCGAAGAAUACAUCUUACAUCCUGAUUACAACCUAACAACGUUGGAUUGUGACGUUGGAGUAAUAAAAAUUAAAAACUCAUUUGUCGGUCAUCGUAAUAUUUGGCCAUCAGUUCUAGCAAACGAAGCUUGUAAUACAACAACGGGAAUGACGGUUUGUUUAGCAGGUUGGGGGAUGAAUGAAGACUUUGAGUUUCCUGAAGAAUUGCAUGAAAUUCAACAGACUAUCUUAGAUCAAGACGAGUGCUACAAUUUGUGGGGUGGUGAUAUAACGAACAGGAUGCUCUGUGGAGCUGUUGAAAAUGGUGUGGAUUCGUGCAUUGGUUGUUCGCAGGCGGUGCAGUUCUAGUGGGUUUUCUGCAGGUUGGCAUCAUUUCUUUCGGCAGCGGUGUUUGCGGUGAGCCCAUUCCCAAUGUUUUUACUCGUAUCGAACAUCCAAUUGUAAGGCAGUUUAUAAGAAGGUUAACGGGAGUUUAAUGGAUGGUAAAAGCUUGUCGUAUGUCUUGAAACGGAUAAUUGAUGGAACAUGAAAUGUAAUUGACUGCUGGAAAUAAAGAUAAGAAAGUUUUAAGAGAAGAGAUAUGUGCAGAACGCAAA